AUGUCCACAGCAGCGGUUGAAUCACGAAGACCCGAGAGUAAGUCAGUGUCGUCAGCAUCAGCAUCAUCGAGUAGUGCACCACAAGUACUAAAUUAUACAAAAGAAAGAAAAGUAGGAGAAGGUACAUAUGCUGUUGUUUAUUUAGGGAAACAAGUUUCAACUAAACGUAAAAUAGCUAUUAAAGAAAUUAAAACAGGAUUAUUUAAAGAUGGAUUAGAUAUGUCAGCAUUAAGAGAAGUUAAAUAUUUACAAGAAUUAAAACAUCCUAAUGUUAUUGAAUUAAUUGAUGUUUUUUCAACUAAAAAUAAUUUAAAUUUAGUAUUGGAAUUUCUACCUUGUGAUCUUGAAGUUUUAAUUAAAGAUAAAUCAAUAGUUUUCAAAUCUUCAGAUAUAAAAUCAUGGUUAUUAAUGACAUUAAGAGGUAUUCAUCAUUGUCAUAGAAAUUUUAUAUUACAUCGAGAUUUAAAACCAAAUAAUUUAUUAUUAUCACCAGAUGGACAAUUAAAAAUUGCUGAUUUUGGUUUAGCUAGAGCAUUAGGUAAUCCAAAUGAAGAUUUAUCAUCAAAUGUAGUUACAAGAUGGUAUAGAGCACCAGAAUUAUUAUUUGGAGCAAGACAUUAUACAGGAGCAAUUGAUAUUUGGUCAAUUGGAAUUAUAUUUGCUGAAUUAAUGUUAAGAAUUCCUUAUUUAGCAGGUAAAGAUGAUGUUGAUCAAUUAGAUGUUACAUUUAGAGCUUAUGGUACUCCAACUGAACAAAUUUGGCCAAAUGUUUCAAGUUUACCAAUGUAUAAUUCUUUACAUGUUUAUCCUCCUCCUUCAAAACAAGAAUUAAGAACUAGAUUUAGUGCAGCUACUGAAAAAGCUCUUGAUUUAUUAAUUUUAAUGACUCAAUUGGAUCCUAGUAGAAGAUGUGAUUCUACUCAAGCUCUAUUACAUGAUUAUUUCACUGAAAGUCCUCGUCCUACUGAUCCUGAAAAUUUACCUAAAAAAUCAUCAAGUAAUAAAAGAGAAAAUGAAGAUGAUGAUGGAAGUUUAAAUAAUAAAAGAACACACGUAUAG